UUGAUUAUUUUGAUAAUUGUAAUUUGUAUAAUGUGAACUCUUCUCAACUAAUUUGGCUUCUAGAAGUUGGACAGGCAUCGAAUACAUGGGCAGACAGACAGCUAUCUUCCAAAAUGGCUGAAAAGCAGAAGAAAAAGUUGGAAGUGGUGCAGACCCUGGACAGUGAUGAGUCAUGUCAGACGUUUGUGCUUCAUGACGAGGACCACACAUUGGGGAACGCUCUCAGAUACAUGAUCAUGAAAAACCCUGAUGUAGACUUCUGUGGCUACAGUGUACCUCAUCCAUCCGAACACAAAAUCAACCUAAGAAUACAGAGCAGAGGUCCCCCUGCUGCGGACAUUCUCAGACGAGGGUUAACUGAGCUGAAUGCCUUGUGUGAACAUGUCCAAAACACCUUUGAGGGUGCAGUUGAGGAAUACAAGAUGAACCAGGCCAUGCAGCAGUCAACAGAUAACACAGAACCUAUGGAAACUGGAUAACACUCAAGACAUUUUUAAAACCUUUGUAUAGUGCCACUUUGUAUACUACAUCAUACCAUAGGAAGACUUGUCUUAUGAUUUUUAUGGAUAUUGAAGUGUUGGCUUGUGUGCAUUACUUCAGGAAUUGAAUAUUUGUCACAAGCAGUGUUACGGAGAUAAAAUUUCCAAUUGCCAGUUUGGAUCCUGUUACCAUGCCAUUAAAGGAUCAUGUGAUUCUGAGUGAAUCAGAACUCAAGCUUAUAUUGUAGGCAAGUAUUUAGAUGGCAAUCAUUUCUGCCAGUGCCAGACUUUCCAGCAGGAAAGUGAUCAAAGGAGCAAACAGAGCAAGAGUAGAAUUGAUACCAGGCUAUCAUUAACUGGAGAUGACAAUAAAACAAUCCUAAACCUUUGUAAAGUUGAGUCUUUUGAGGUUUUUUUUUCUUUUUAAUUAAAGACUUUAGUCAAUAAAAGAGUGAAACACAAAAAGCAACAAUAGUAAAAUAAACAUGGCUUAUGAAUGUGAUUAAAUGUGCUUUUUAACACUUCGGAGGUAUAUGUUAUCAGCUU